UCCUGAUCCUCACAGUAAGAAUUUGUGCUUAUAUAGCUGAAAAUGAUUUUCCCUUGUCCCUUGUUGACAGCUUCCUUGCGUUGUUGAAAAGUAUGUUUCCUGAUGACAAAGUUUUGUCAAAAGUCAAUUUGGGACGUACAAAAUGUUCAAACAUCAUAAGAUAUGGCUUUGGAACAUAUCUAACUGAUGCCCUUAAAAAGAGACUAUCGGAAACAUUUUGGUCAUUAGUCAUCGAUGAAACAACAGACGUUUCAACUGUCAGCCAGCUUGCUGUCAUGGUUCAUUACUGGGACAAGUGCAAGAAGCGUUUCAUCGUUGAACCUUUUGAUCUUAUUGACUUGAUAGAUGGUACAGCUAAGGGGAUUAUUUCUACUCUGAUACUAGAUGGCUAGCCCUGGAGUAUGCCGUUAGCAGAGUUCUCGAACGAAUAGACCCUCUACUGGAGUACUACAAAGAAGAAAACAAGAAGGACCCGACAGUAUUUUAUGAUCUCAUGAUUACAGCAGCAGAAGAUCCCUUCACCAAAGUGUAUCUUGAGUUCCUUGUGUACGCACUGAAUUUUUUCAACGAAUUCAACAUAACUUUUCAAUCGGAGGUUCCACAUGUACAUACUUUGAAACAAAAUCUUCAUGGAAGAUAGCUAUGUUAAUGAGUGUGAUCCUAUGCAGCUCGAUCCUUUUCUCGAAGACCAAUUUCUUCCUCUUUCGGAUGUUUAUUUGGGUAAUAAAGUUAGCUUGAAGCAUUUGGCUGAUUAAA